GCUCAAUGCUUUUCAUGUGACUUUUUCAUUUUUUGACCCCUACCUUUGUUCAUGUCCUUCAGCCAGCUCUGGUUCUGUCUGUACGACCAAAUGUGUGAAAGCUGUUCUUGUACUUCUACCUUGAUGCAGAUAUAGCAACUAAGAGGAUACAAAGACACAACACGAACAUGUUAAUACACCACAAAGAAAUAGAAGCGAGAUAAGUAUUUCACGCUUGGAGGGGAAUUGAUAGUCGCAGCGGUAUCUUCACGUUUCCACAUCCACAGUAUAACUAGCGAAAGAACUAAUAAAUGGCCGGCGACGACGUAAUCAUGGCCGCCGCGUCAUCAAGUAGGAGUAAAAAUGGCGCGGGGACUACAACUUCCCACCACGCCAGUAGCUCCUCCACGGCGAAUCUGAAUAAAGCGACUGCAGACAAGGGAAAAUUGAACAUCGAGUCCGAGGACGUGAUACGAUUGAUGCUGCAGUUUUGCCGCGACAACGACCUGCCACGCACGCUGAUGACGCUGCAGGAGGAAGCCAAGGUGCCCCUGAACACCGUGGACUCCCUCGAAUCCCUGCUUGACGACGUCAACCACGGUCGGUGGGACGACGUCAUGCGCGCCUGCAGCUACCUGGCCCUACCGAUGGACGUGAAGGUGGACCUGUUCGAACACGUGUGCCUGGAGUUUUUGGAGAACUUGGAGUUCGACACAGCCCAAGUGCUCAUGGAACACACGCAACCGCUGAAGGUGCUGAAAUCCGACCACCCCGACCGGUUUCAGAAGCUCGCGCAGAUGAUCCGGCGCCAGCAGGUCCCGGAGAACGCCGGCGCAAUCCUCUACGGAAACGGUCGCAGCAAAAAGGACAGGAGGGGGGAACUAGCGCAGGCGCUGACGGAAUACGUGCACGUGUGUCCGCCGAACAGGCUUCUGGCACUGAUCGGACAGGCCGUCAGGUGGCAGAAGCACGUUGGCGUGCUGAAAGACGGUGAAGAUAUCGACCUCUUUCGAGGGAUCGACAAAAACCUGAUGAAAAUGGGGCAAGGUACUAUACAAGCUCGUUUGUUUUUGCGCGGUAAGAAAAAAAAUGAACCACAUUGUAAUUUUUCUGCGGAGGUCGAGGUCAAGCUCCUGGUCCUGACAGCAAUAUAAGUAUAUAUAAAGCCGAGGCUCAUACUAACUUCCAGUACGCAUGGAUUUUUCGAUCAUUUCAGAAAUUAUGCAGUUCACUGAAAAAGAAAUUGCAAUUUUAUCCCAGCCGGCAGCGUGGUGGAGACCGACACCUACCCAAGACAUCGCGCCAAGCAGAUCAAACUAGCCGAGAUUCCUUCCAUCUGCGCGUACUCGCACGACGGGCAAUUCCUCGCCGUCGGGGCGGAGGACGGGAUGGUGGAGCUGUACGACAGUCGAAGUGGAAAGUCACGGCAAGACCUACCGUACCAGAACCCGCAAGACCCGCACUACAUCGCCACCCAGCACCCGAUCCAAGCCCUCGGCUUCUCCAACAGCAACACCCUGCUCGCCGUGGGUGACACCAAGGGCGCACUGUACGUGUUCGCCGUGGAAAGCGGUCAACUGAAGCAGAAGAUCCAGGGUCACGAAGGCCCGAUUUUGACGCUGUGCUGGAACUAUCAAAUGUAAAAAUGUCUGGGUCUGGAAGAAUGCAACUUGUCAUGCUGCAUUUGGAUUCCAGAAAAAUCUGUAUUGCAUGAGUACCAAAAGGAACGCGAUUUUUGCUACGCGGAGAGGGCAUUUGUCAUGCGGAAUAGGCAUCAAGAAGCUCCGAAAAAAUCUGUGAUGCUAGGGCAUGCAUCACAGACAUCAGGGCUCAUGCAAAACGUGCAUGACAAGUGUCGGAAUGUUCCAGACCCAGACAUUUUUACAUUUGAUAGGAACUAUCAGGAUUCCCAGGUGGUCACCGGCUCCGCGGAUUCCACCGCCAGGCUAUCAAAAGGAAAAAUCCCCCCUCCCCAUAUCGAAAAGGCAUGUUUCCGAAAAUUUGUGUUGCUGAUUUGAGGUCACAAAUCACAUCUGUCUUGCAAGGAGACAAGGGCAGAAGCUUGCGCCCCACUAUGGAAGCGAUUUGUCAUGCUGUUGGGCCUAAAGGGGAGCCGUUUGCCAUGCUAAACAACUAGACCCAUAGGCCCCUACCUGGCUGAGCAUCUGGCCGCAGUGCUUCUCUGCAAUACAAACCUGAUUUGUGUACUCAAAUACAGCAACACAAAUUUCGUUUUCGAUAUGGGGACGGGGGAUUUUUCCUUCUGAUACAGGCUGCACGGCCUCAAUACGGGCAAGACGCUGAAGGAGUACCGAGGACAUACCAGUUAUGUGCAGACGGUACUCUACUCCUACGACCAAAGCAAGGUUAUCACAGGCUCCGCAGACGCAUAUGUGAAGGUGUUUGAUGCAAAAACCUGCCAGGUACAAAUGCUGCGCCCAUCUCGAUUUUUGUUGCACGUAAAAUAUGCUCCUUCUUUUCUACUAGGUUUAAGUAUCUCCCGCUGUCACCAUGGCAUCUAUAUUGUCGGAGUUCUAGUACGUUUUGAUGGCUUACUUCACCCAACGUAAAAGUGGGGCGUAUUAUUUCUGCCGACUGCUUGUUGCAAAUGCAAACAAGAUCUGGAAAUAAAACAGAAGAAUCGCCACCUUACUUGCUGCUCAGGUCUUGCAAAGUUUCCACCCCCCAACACCGUCCUACCUCGGCGCGCACGGAAACCUGCUUUCCAUCAACCAAGUGGUGCUCAGUCCCGACGCCAUGGACAAGAGCAACCCAACAAUUUACGUGUCUACGGAGUGCAACCAGAUCUUCAAAAUGAACCUCCAGGGCCAGGUGCUGAAAACAUUCACAAGUGGCAAGCUGGAUUCCCGCGCCGAUUUCACGUGCAUUCAGGUGUCGAAGAGCGGGAAGUACUUGUAUGGCAUCUCAAAAGACCACUGUCUCUACAUCUUCGACAGCGUGGAGACCAAGCUCGUCCACAUCGUGCCCGAGCUCGCAGACAAGGAUAUCGUGGGCGUCGACGUACACCCACUGAGAUCCGGCUAUCUUGCCGUGUGGGGCCACGACAAGGCGGUGGGACUCUUGCGACCAUAGGAGUUUGCAUCGCCACUGCGAGGCAAGAAAUCAUUUUUGAUGUUAACACACCACGACGUAGACUAGAUGAGCGUGCCUGUUGACUACAACGCUGCAGGCGGUGCGAAAAACCACAGCGCGACAAGAGCAUCAUACCGAACAUACAAAUGAAUAACAUUAUCAUUAACA